AUGCGCUCGCUAUGGUUGUUAUCAGCACUGGCUCUCUCAGUCGAAGCCAGCAACACAGUAGGAUGUCCUCUUUUGGGGCCGGCGUUCCCAGCGCCUACUGCUCUGUCAAACGAUCCAACAUUCCUCAACAAAGCUGAAGAGUUGACCUUAAAGCUCAAUAGAGCUAUCGAAGAUGGGAAUCUCUCUUCCAUAUCGUUUGCAGUGCAAGUUUACAACACCGACAAGGACGAUUCGGUAUUUGAUUUCUACCACACAGAUCAUCCAAUCACAGUUGGGUCUGUGGGUGUUCAAGAGGUAGACGAAGAUACUAUGUUUCGCAUUGGGAGUAUCUCAAAAUUGUGGACUAUGUUUCUUUUCAUGACCUUUGAAGGAACACGGUACUUCCACGAGCCCGUUUCGAAAUACGUUCCUGAAUUGCGAACAGAAUACAGCCCAGCGCAAGCGGAGGAUAAAAUUAAUUAUUUGCAAUGGAGCGAUGUGACUAUCGGGGAACUGGCUAGUCAUCAAGCCGGUCUUGCAAGAGACUAUGCAUUUGGAGAUCUCGGGUUCCAGUCGAAACUCUUGCAAACGAUUGGAUUCCCUUCGCUUCCAAAAGCAGAGGGGCUGUCUUGUGGAAAGGAGUAUCCGUGUGAUAGGAAAGAAUUUUUUCGUGGCAUCCUCAAAACGCAUCCAUUGACUUCGACCUCACAAACACCGGUAUACUCGAACGCAGGAUAUCAAAUUCUUGGUUAUGUAUUGGAGUCAAUCGCGAAUUCCAACUUCGAAGACAUAUUGAUGGAUCGUAUUAUCAAACCACUCAACUUGACUCGGUCCUGUCUUCAAGUCCCCGACCCCAGCUUGGCCGUGAUUCCCCAAAACGAGACUGACAGUUGGUUUGAUUAUCAAAUUGGCGAAGAAGCUCCUGCCGGAGGCAUUUUCUCUUCCGCAAAAGAUAUGGCCACAUUCGGCCGUGCCGUUCUUUCCAGUUCUCUUGUUGACCCUGCUGUGACAAGACGGUGGUUGAAGCCAUUAACACACACAUCCUCCCUGAAACACUCUGUGGGAGCCCCCUGGGAGAUCUAUACAUUUUUGACACCUCGUCGGGUCGAUCUGUACACCAAAGCUGGGGAUAUCGGACUGUACUCUAGUUUUAUGGGCCUUUCACCAGAUCACAAUGCCGGUAUCACUGUCUUAGUUGCUGGUAACAACUCUCACUUGAUGACAUCGAGAAUCUCGGAGAUGGUGUCCGAUAUUAUCCUUCCCACACUCGACGAAGUCGCCAGAAACCAAGCUCUCGAACGAUUCGGGGGUACAUAUGCCCUCGCGGAAGGCUCCGCCAAUUCCUCAAUUACCAUAACGGCCGAUGACGGGGCCGGCCUAGUGGUGUCAGAAUGGACCAGCAACUCGGUCGAUAUGAUUGAGACUUUGAUGGGGUUGCAAAAAGUGGAUGAUCGCUCUGCAAUAAGCAUUCGUCUACAGCCUAGCGGUCUUCAAACUCGAGAUCAGAUUUCUUUCUUGGCUGUUAUCUAUAGUCUUGCUGUGUCGGAAGAUGAUGGACCCCUUGUUGGAUCGUGUUUCUCCUGGAUUUUGCUCGAGUCUAUCGUGUAUGAUAAUGUGGGUCUUCCAGAGUUCGUGUUUACACUGGAUCAGGAUGGGGAUGCAACGAGCUUAUCCCCUCGGGCGUUGCGCAUCACUCUUCCUAGGGUUUGCCGGGCCGACAAGAUCUCACCUGUGCUUGAGUUCCCAUGA